GGGGCCCGGCCUAGCGGCGGCGGCGCCCGCGGGCCGGGCCGGGGGAAGGGGCAGCGGCGCCCCCCGCGGGCCCCCCCGGCCCCCGGCGGCGGAGGAUGGCCGAGGACUCGCCCAAGCGGCGCAAGGCCAAUUUCAACGAGGCGGAGACGGAGGUGCUGAUCGAGCAGGUGCUGAAGCACGAGCGGCUGCUGUUCGCGGCGGGGCCGGGCCGCGCCUCCCCGGGCCAGAAGCGAAAGGUGUGGGAGCUGAUCCGGCACAAGGUGAACCCGGUGGCCGCCUGUCCGCGCGACGUGGAGGACCUGAAGAAGCGCUGGCGGGACCUGAAGCGCCGCGACCGCAGCAAGCUGUGCCGCCUGUCUCAGGGCGGCGGGCCGCCGGGCCCCGCUGCAGCCCUCGGCCUCUUGCUGGCCCCCGAGGAGCUGCCGCCCGGCGCCGCGCCCGCCCGCCGCCACCACCACCACCACCACCACCACCUGCACCCCCGCGCCUACGGCUCCCUGCUGCACGCCGAGGCCGUGCCCAUCGUGGGCGGCAUCGACACGCUGGAGCUGCCCGGCGCUGCCGUGGGGGAGAUGGAUCCCGUUCUUGACAUUGCAGAAAUAGAAUGCCAGCGUGCAAUCCUAGGCUGCCCGAAGUGCUGUGACUACGUAUGGUUUUGUGUCCCAGAGAGAGGGGGCGUUAACGCGCUGAAACAGCAGCUGCAGUACACAGGGAUUCCCCGCGAUCGGCGUCACCGUGCACACACACAGCGCAGAACAAGAUUUGUCUUUUGGAACCUGCAUCUUAGCCCCCGCGGUGGGGACAGAUUUAACGAUGAUCCCGGCCCAUCUCAUCAACCCGGUCUUGAGAAGAUAAACCUAAAAGAAGAGAUAGUGGUGAAAGUGGUAGAGCCGGAGGAAAGCUCUGAGGACAUGGCAGUAGUCCCACCUAGCCAGGAGCAGCUACCUUAUCUGGGGACAUCGGGUGGUGCUUCCUCAGGGAAGGUAAAAGCCAAAUCAAAAGGCAGAUCCCAGGCAGACCAAAUCGGAAUAACUGAAGCGGACCUAGUGCAGAUUCAGCAGACCCAGAUGCAGGUGAUUCAGUCUGGCUUUGACAGUGUCAACCACAAUCUUCAGCUGCUGCAGCAAGGCAUGCAGGAUCUGAGUAACAGCCUCAGCAUCAUGGCGCAUACGCUUGUUGCUAUCAAAAACGUGUACGUGAAAAACAACACCGGCCCAACUACAUACACCACCACCUCUACUCAGACCACAGCCGGGUACCUGAGCCCGGGUUCUCCCCAGGUUUCCCCUGCUGAGGACAGAGGCCGGGUGCAGGUGGCUGGGAGCAGCAGCAGGAGCAGCAGCUGCAGUUCCAGCUCUACAUCCCAGGAACCAGGUCCUUCAGAAUUUCCCAGGCCCCCCCUGAGGACCAUUAAGAAAGAACAUCCAAACGGCUGCUACUACUUCUGCUUUGCAGACAUGUAAAACUUGAAUAUAUGUACAGUGACUGUGGUGUUAGGUGCUGUUGUUUUUUCUGCUCCAGCCUGUGACUUGAAGGAGCAAAGUGGACUUGCCCCCCGCAUUUUUUCCCAGUGGGAAAUGUUUCUCUAUAGGAGGUGGCAUUAAACACUAAAUACCAGUUCUGUUUGUUAACUCAGUUUCAGUUGGCUAAUGUUUUUCUGCUGUUCUCUUUAUCCUCUUACUCUCUCAAAAACAAACAGAUUUAUUUUGGCUAUAACUCUUGUCUGUAUUACCCUUUGUUUAAUGUGACCUUUUGGAAAAUAAAAGGCAUGAGAUUUGGGUGAAAAAGUAACGUUAUGGUUACUGACUACCAGGAGCUGUCUUACACGAGUUGCUUAGUUUUUGUUGUUUUUUUUUUUUUUAAUUAAACAAAUGGCAAAAUGAGCUGGUGUUUUUAAGUAGUUGCUUUUUGUAAUACUUACAACUGUUCGCUUGUUUGCUGUUGGUUUGAGGUUUUGUUUUUCUAAAUCUCAGCUGUGCAAGGAAGAUAUGGCAGGAAGGGUCGGAUACACCUGCUUCCCUGAGGAAUGGUUUUAGGAUUGAGCUGUUGAUGAUGAAUGUGCUUCUCCAAAUUCGUACAGCAUUGCUCCAUUUGGCUGCUGUUCAUUCCCAGCUUGCCAAAUGCAUCUUCUCAGAGGCAUUUUGUUUUACUUCACUAGCAGAGCAGGCUAUUUCUUGUGAUAUUAUUAAGAUAGAGACAUAAAGCAAAAACAGUAACUGAUGAGUGAUGCCUGGCUUUGACAUGGAAUGACAUUUCUUAUUAUGGCUUGUAAGCAGAUUUUGCAAGCUUUCUGGAAUUGGUAUCACUUGAAAUACAAAGAACAAAAAAAUCUUUCUGCAUUGUUUUACAUUUAGACUUGCUGUUAAAUAAAUUACAG